UGAGAGAACCAUGACGAGAGUAGCACUCACUAAACUCUUCACCCUCGUGAUUCUCGCCUUCAUCAUCUGCCUGCCAGAAUUCUUCUCAUCAAACAGAGUAUCCAAGGUUAACUUCCACUGUCUGCCCCACCGACACUGUAAGCGUAGGAACCAGACGAAGAGAGGUGAAAAUGGGAAAAUUGUGGAUGCUGACAUUAAGAGAAACGAUGAGUGUGACCCUUCUCAGAGUGCAGAGCAGGAGAAGUGGGAGACGGCCUGCACACAGUGGAGUCAAAACAACACGACAGAUCGUGCACCAGACUCCAGGAGAGUCGGUGAUGAUUUAGAAGAGAGCUGGUUCAUGUGUCAAACCGACAUGGACAUGACAGCAUUACACAGGAACAUGUCAUAUUCAGCUCCUGCUGUUUUAAAGGUACACCUGGAAGUGUCAGUGGAGAUUCAGCUGAGUGAAGCAGAGACAGUGAAUCUCACCUUGUAUGGCCACAGUAAUAACAACACCUUAGACCUCCACCCACCUGAGGAGCAGAAGGAAGAGAAGGAGGAGGAGAAGGAGGCUGGUGAAGGACUGCAGGUUUUCUACUGCUGUCUCUCUGUCCUGUCCACCUCAGAGUCAGGCAAUCACAGCCGCUGUCUCCUUUGGCUCGCCAAUCGAACACUUUCAACUGCAACAGCAAAGGAGAAGCCACAGUGGAUACAGACACAGAAAGGUGAGUGGCAGUGUAUCGUCAGGGGGCUCUGGUUGGCUCUCUUGUGUGUGGUGCUCCUGACUGUAGUUACAAUAGUGCUUUGGCAAAUUUACCUCGGCAUACAGCCAGGCAGAACUCCAACGAUGUACAAUUUUGGGAACGUCACUGUUCAGCAAUUAAAUGCUGGUGAGAUGCACACAGAAACACUCUCUCCCGAAGAACUGUCACCAAUAGAAGAGGCUCACUCUCAAGAAGAGGCAGAAACUCUGCUGGACGGAAAUGUUAACGGUAGAAUCAAAUCCACAAAAGGCUCUUACAAGUGCACUAUAAUGAAAAACCUGAGAAUAAGACAAACCUGCAUCUCCAUCGCCACCUGCCUCCAUCAAUGAAGAGCGAGAGGAAAAGCAUGAACAUGGACUUCAAGUGAAAAAUAAAACUGCUUCACGCACUUU